AUGAAUAAACCUUUAACUGCCGCAGUGAAAGAGCGUUCAGUGAACAUGAACUUUUUGGCGGUCAACAUCAUAGGAAUAUUUGCAUUUCACAUUCGCUUUAAUGGCCCAGUCAUGAGUGCCUUCAGGAUAUUCCAUCACUUUCACAUCACUUUCACUUCAAAAUUGACGUUCGCUAUGAUGCAUGCAAUUUCAUUAAACGCAAUGAUGACAUAA